UCCUGGUUUUAUAACCGUGACGUCGUCUGACAGAGUCAAAUGCAGGAUGGAUGGAAGUGGCCCAGCAGGAAAUCCCAGUGCUGCCUCGUCCCGCUUGUUUCCUGCCCAAGCUGACGAGGAGACUCUGCAAGCAGCUGAGGAAGACCAGCAGAGCACAGAGUCAGGCAGUCUGUCUGGGUCCCAGAAACACCAGAGUCCAGCAGAGAAGCACCACAGUCCUGCAGAGACCCAAAAGACUGAAGAGGAACCAGACCAGCCGGAUAUCAUCAAACACACAAACCACCAGGAUCCUCCGACAGGAAAACAGAUACCAAAAAAUUCUCCUGCUCCAAGACCAGGUAAAUCAUCUCCAACCAAACCAGAUCAACCAAAACAAGAUCCUCUUCCUACAGAGCAACAAAAACUGGGAAAUACUUCUACAACAGAAAAACAGAAAACAAAAGAUUCACCCUCUCCAAAAGAUCUACCAAAACCACACCAACCUUCCCCAACCAAACCAGAUCCUCUUUGUACAGAUCUAAAGAAACCAGGAGAUAUUUUUUGCCUAACACAUGAACAAAAAUCAGAUAACUCUCAGGAACACCAAACCCAGAAUGGUCUUAGUCUUACAAACCAGAAAACUGAAGAGGACCCCCCCAAUCCCACGAAGGAUUUAACUUUUUACAGGUUGUCAUUCGAUAAACAAAACCAGGACGAGCUCGAGCUCCACAUCCCUGAGUCGAAAGACCAGCAGAACCACCAACAUCCACCACCUCCUCCUCCUCCUCCUAACCUUAACACCCAGCAGACUCCCCAGAACCACCUGUCUCCUCAGGUUUUGUCUUUGUCAGUCCAUCCGACCGAAGCAUCGACCCUGGCUCUGCCGGCUUCGCCCCUCACCAUCGAAGCAUACUGUGACCAGGUUCAGCCCUGUCCUGCAGUUUCUUCUUCAGGUGAGCCCAAACUAUGCGGCUUCCUGCAGAAGCAAGGGGGGCCCCUGAGGGCCUGGAAGCAGCGAUGGUUCACCUACGAGGAGAAGAAGAACCAGCUGUUCUACUACCGUACGCCGCAGGAUGUGACGCCACUCGGCCGGGUGGAGCUCAGCGGCGCCACCUUCACCUACCCACUGAAGGCCGAGAGGGGCACCUUCCACAUCAAGACACUGGAACGCACCUUCAUACUCAAGGCUGUGACCCAGGAACUGAUGCUCUAUUGGCUGCAGCAGCUGCAGGUGAAACGCUGGCAACACAGACAGACAUCCACCUGUCCAGAAACUACAAGCAACAGCACUGCAGAUGACUUCCUGCCGGUGUUGAAGAGCCCUCUGGGUCUGGUGGGAGAGGAGGCGGCAAACGUACCAUCACAAGGAACGCCGCUCGCCAACAUGUCAAUAAAACAUCCGCUCAUCGAGCUCCAAAACUCUGUCCACAGUCUUCGUAAGAGAUCGUCUCAGGAGUGGAGUCAGAGUGUGUUUCAUGUGGAAGCUCCUCCGUGGAUUCCCCCGACCCCUGCAGACACCAACACCACUUCCAGGACUCCUAUUGAGCCUCUGGCCCCAUCCACUCCCCUCCAAUUGGCUGAUCCAGGAGGUCAGGUGUUCCCACCGGAGGGCAGGGAAUCCCCAUCCCUGUUCGACAGUCGGAGCAGGAAAACGAAAAAUCGCAGCUCGUCCACCAUGCCGGUCCUCCGCAGAGACACUCUGUCCUCGUCCUCAGACCGUACAUCUCGCCUCCAGCAGGAGAAACAGAUGCUGAUGGAGGAGGUCAAAGCUCAGAAGGAGUUGGUGUGGAUCCUCCACAAAGCCUUGGAGGCGGCUCAGCUGGAGAAGCGAACCUGUGCCGAGUUUUUGGCAGAGAAGGGUGAGCAGGAGCGUCUGGAGCUGCUGCGACACCGUGAGCGGCAGGCGGCUGACCUGCGAGGCCGGCUGGAGGAGGCGAAGACCGAGGCGGAGGUAAUGAAGAGGAGUCUGACUCAGAGAGACGCACAACUGGCUGAGCUGCAGGAGAACAUCAGGAUGCUGAUGGAGAAGAACAACGCCAAGCAGGAGGUGAUCAUAAAGCUGGCUGAUCAGGUGACCGCUGGUCUGUCUGACUCGUGGCGCUCGGGAUCGUCCUCUGCAGUUGGUCUGGAUUCUCAGACCUUCAAACAGCUUCAGCAGGAGAUCGAGAACCUGAAGGACGACAUUGGCGCGUAUAAAACCCAGAACAAAUUUCUAAACUCUGAAAUCUACCAGCUGACCAAACUGUGGAGGAACAGCUCGGAGCAGGAGAAGAGUCUGAUGGUGAAGUGUGCCUACCUGGAGGCCAAUAACUGUCAGGUGGAGAGCCGUUACCUGGGCGUCCUGCGGAGGCUGCAGGAGAGCAAAUCUCUGGAUCCGGUCCAGCGUGCGGCCGUCCAGAAGAUGAUCGAGGACGCUCUGAAAGGAGAGUCGAAGAGCGUCAUCAAGCUCAACACGGCCAGGGAUCACGAUGAGUACGGCUUUAAAAUCAUCCCGGAUUACGAGGUGGAGGACAUGAAGCUACUGGCAAAGAUCCAGGCGCUGGAGAUCCGCUCACACAACCUGCUGCACCAGGAGGGGGUAGAGCGCCCCCUGUUGAGCCGCUGGGCUCAGUACCUGGCUGCCAGGUCGGAUAAUGACCUCUGUCCCUCACCGGAGCUCAAAGGUCUGCUGCGUGGUGGCGUCCCUCAGGAGUACCGGCAGAGAGUGUGGCGCUGGGUGGUCCGAGCCAGAACCAGGACGAUCAGAGACCGCCACCCACAACACUACCAGCAGCUGUGCGAGAAGAGUCACACAUCUCCUCAUCCAGCCUCCAGACAGAUCCAACUGGACCUACACCGCACCCUGACAACCAAUCAGCACUUCUCCUCACCCUCCAGCCCUGCCCUCCAGCAGCUCCGCCGCAUCCUAUUGGCCUUCUCCUGGCAGAACCCUGCCAUUGGCUACUGCCAGGGACUCAACAGGUUGGCGGCUAUCGCUCUGCUGAUCCUCCAGAGUGAAGAAGAUGCGUUCUGGUGUCUGGUGGCUGUGGUGGAAGCCAUCAUGCCUCAGGACUACUAUACCAAGAACCUGGUGGCCUCUCAGGCAGACCAGCGGGUGCUGAAGGACUUCCUGGCAGAGAAGCUUCCCCGGCUGGCAGCUCACUUUGAGGAAUACAGCAUCGACGUGUCUCUGAUUACCUUCAACUGGUUCCUGGUGGUUUAUGUGGAGAGUCUGCCCAGCGACAUCCUGCUGCCGCUCUGGGACGCCUUCCUGUACGAGGGAACCAAGGUGAUCUUCAGGUACGCUCUGGCUCUCUUCAAAUACAAAGAGGACGACAUCCUGAAGAUCCACGACAGCGUCGAGAUCUACCAGUACCUGCGCUUCUUCACCAAGACCAUCUCUGAUGGCAGGAGGCUGACCAGCAUCGCCUUCAGCGACAUGAACCCGUUCCCCGGUCGCCUGCUGAAGAACCGGCGCGCGCUUCACCUGGAGCGCCUGCAGGGGGAGCUGCGAGAGCUGGAGGAGCAGCAAAGGGAGUUCGUAACAGAGAGCGCCGAACAUAAAGACAAAGAGCUCGACACUAUGGUCAGCGAGGACGACGACGAACUCUGAUCUCACAGUGGGGUUUAUCUCCUGAAGCUGUUCGUCUGAUGACAGUCGGUCCGAUGCUCGCAGCUGAUUUUUACCAAAAUAUCAGAGUUUUGGUUCGUUAGUAGCAGCUUGUUGCACCAACUGAGCCAAUGUUGACUGUAUAAGUGUAAAGUCAACACAGUUAGUUUGAAACUACACUCACCACUUUGGCCAGCUGCACCAUCUGUACUCACACUGCACCAAAACGAGUCGACUGUAACCCAGCAACAGAGACAUUACAGUGCAGUGUUUGGAUGACAUGGGAAGCAAAGACGCUGAUAGCGACUGAAAAGACGAGAACUACAAUAGACUUGAAGUUACAAUAAAUGAUGCUAUUGCAUGUAAACUAGCAAACUGAUAGAUGUGUUGACAAUGAAAUAUAUUAGUGGUGAAAUAUAUUAAUAAAAAUUUAAAUCUAUAUCUGAUGAAAAAUAUAAAUGCUUCUGGUCAAAGUGGCCAUUAUCCACUGAAGUAAAUAAACAUGUUUAUUAUAAUAAAACUCUGUUCCAACUCUGUUCUAUAUGUUUUAAUUUACUCUGCGUAUCUGUUUGAAAGCUGGUGUUUUUUACUUUUUAUUCAACAAUUCUGCCUGGAAGCCUUCGGACCGAUAUUCAGAAUAUAUUAAAACAUACAGUAAAGAUCUGGAAUGGAGUUUAUAAUAUUAUACAUAUUUAUAUUUAAUUGAAUCCUAAUUAAUCUAUGGAGAUGUAUUUAUAUUUUUCAUUUGAUAUUAAUUCAGUUUUUUAAAUUAUUUCAUCACUUAUUUAUUUCAUUGUCUAUUUCAUUAAUAUAAUUACGACCAUCUAUUCUUCAAUAGUAUCGUACAGCAAUAUGAUCAUAAAUAAUAUCAAUAAAAGUCUGUGGAAAACUUUCAUCUUGGUUAAAAGUUGUUGCUGAAGUUAACACUGUCAACAGUUAAAAGUUUCUGUUACAAACAAGCAGGUGGUGACAUUGAUAAUUCCCAUCUCCAGUGAACGCAGCGUAAAUCACCUGAU